CACUUGACAGGACUACAGUAGAAACAAUAAGAAAUAUGUAUUCAGAUGGUCAAAAUAUGAAUAUAUAGUGCCAUUAAAAAGCGGAAGCUAUUUUAAGAAAAAAGAUCAACAUUACCUGACAUGUUAUAGGGACUGCAGCUUCACAUACAAUCAGAGAAAUCAAAACGCUUGAUUAUCUUGCAGACAAGAACAGGUUGAUUGUUGCCGGGAUGUAUCUGAAAAAUGAUCACAUUGCGUUUGUUGAUCGUAAAAACUCGGUCCUAAUCGUUACAAAUACAGAGAAUCAAUCCUUCAGAGAACUUGAUCUUGUCCAACUUCUGCCAGACCAAUAUCGAGCCAAAAAUGCAAAGAACAUACCAAAACCGUCGGAUGUAAACAAAGGAUUCGAAGAUGACCAGCUUUUGAUUACCUAUACAAAUACCUAUACAGGCAAUGAUUUCUCACUGGCUAUUGCAUGUAGGUUUGAUGUGGGCAUGAUAGAAUUAGGUCCUCCUCUGCAUGUUGUGAGAAUCAAUGCCUGGACAAGGUCUGUCAUAGCAAUAGAUAAAGAUAACGUUUGCGCACUUACAGAAUACAAUGUCAUCAUCAAGAAUAAAGAUGACAACGAUGAUGCUCAAGUUACGUCUUAUGACCGCAUAAAAAGUGACAAAGGAGGGCUUCUCAUGACAGAUGGUCAAGGAAACUUCUAUUAUGGUGAUGGACACAGUUUUGUUUGGUGCUACUGGGAUGGAAUAAAUAUUGACGAAAGAAAUCGAUUGACAGAUAAUGCCCAAUGUUCGAUAAAAUUUCCACGUGGAUCUGCCAUUGAACCCACCUCAGGACGAAUAUUUAUAUGCACUGAUUUGUCAUUUGCUAUUUAUAGUAUUUCUAGCGACUGGGGAGACGUAAAAGAAGAGGUGUCUGGCAAAGGGAAGCAGUAUGGCGACAUAGACUUCAACUCCCAUGGCAACAGAUUCUUUACUACGUUUUGGAAGGAUAAUGAAUGGCCGAUCCUUUAUGGACUUGAGGCUUAAUGUACAUCAUAUGGGAAUAGAGAUAAUAUCCAAAGUUUGACCAUAGUCGAUACUUUUUAUGACACAUAUUUGUGAUUAAGAAAUCGGAAUUGUAUCAAAUAACAUUGUUGCCUUGCUUACUAUAUACAUAUACAUCCAUAAUCAGUAUUAUUUUAUCUAAUUAUUAUUAUUAUUUGUGCUUACCUAAAGAAUAAAGUAUUUCUUCGGUAUCAAUACACACAGUAAAGAAAACGUGUUUAUGCAAAUAUGUAUCCUAUUCAAAAGGGUGAACAUUAUUCUUUGUAUUACUGAAUAUUUGAAACGGUUUAUUAUAUGCAGUCUUGUGUUAGAUGAUUUAAGUCACCAAAGUCAUUUUAAACACGUUUUGUAAUGUCUUACUGUUUAGAAUUGAAAUAGUGCACCUUUGGAUUUACCUACAUAUCGUCCAUAAUUUGUGAAUGUAUGUCGUGAUAUAUAACUAUCGUAGUAGAAUAAUAAGAAAAUUGUUUUAAUCUUGAAAUCAAACGGUAUAAAGCUAUAUUCCAUGUCAUGUUUAAAAAAAAAAUUAAAAAUAGUUUAAGAAUGUAAAAUACGCUUUUUUCAUAAUUUUACGGUGAAUUAUCGAAAGAGCUGAAACAUGAAAUGUCUGUUUAAUACUGCUCGUAAACAGAAUAAAAUGUUCCGGAGCAAAAUGCUUAUUUUGCUUAAUAUAUGCUACAUUUAGUAGGAUUUUACCAGUAAACAAUACCACUAGUUAAUAAGAAAAUAUUGCUUUCACACGUGUACUCGCAUUUUAGUAUUAUUCGUUUUCAAAAUUCAAACAAAAAAUUAGAAACUGCAUUCAACAGAGAUAUAGCUUAAUAUACUUUAACUGAUGCUAUGGUGUGUAUUUUAUAAAAUAGAAAUUAUUGAAACAAAGCAAUGAACUUGUUUUAACUUAUAUUUCUUGAGGCGAUAGGCCUGAACAAAAAAUACCACUGAAGUAUGGUAUGCUUAGAAUCGUUAUUAUGAAUGAGUGUCAUCUAAAUUGUAAUUGUUACCGAUAAGGAAGUUAUUUUGUUAAACAAAACUUUGACUUAUAAAUAUACUUACAU